AUGAAAUCAUUCACUGUUGCAAGUCUUGCUAUUGCCUUGAUGGCUCUCGAUGCUGCUGUUGCCGAAGACGAUAAUCCGUAUACCAACUAUCCACCUGUCCCUAAGACUGCUACCAUCAACGGGUUUGCUGAUAGGAUCUACGAUAAUGUAGCAGAAUGUGCCAAAGGAUGUUUAGAGAAAUUUAAAAGUACAGGAAGUACUCCAUGUCCAUACUGGGAUACCGGUUGUUUAUGUAUGAUGCCACAAUUCGGUGGUCCAAUCGGUGCAUGUAUUGCCGAAGAAUGUCAAGGUGGUGCAGUCCAAACUGCUACGUCAUUAGCUUAUUCUGCUUGUUCUGUUGCUGGAGUUCCAAGUUCAUACUGGUUUAUCCCUACAACCGUCAAGGAGUCUUUAGAUGCUGCUGCUACUGAAGAACCAUCACCUACUGCUGAGCCUGAAGCUGAAACCUCCACCACUGAUGAACCAUCCUCAACUAGUGAACCAGAGGACAAAUCUUCUACCAUAACUACUGCCCCUGAAACUACAAUGACUUCAACUUCCACUAGACCUGCUGUUAUUAGAACUGCCUCCAUUAAUGGAUUCGCUGACAGAAUUUACGAAGAUGUUCCAGAGUGUGCUAAAGAAUGUUUGGAAAACCAAGGUACAGGAAACACCCCAUGUCCAUAUUGGGAUACCGGUUGUUUAUGUGUGAUGCCUCAAUUUGCUGGUCCAAUCGGUGAAUGUAUUGCUAAUGGAUGUAAAGGAAAGGAAGUUCAAAGUGCUACAUCAUUGGCCUAUUCUGCUUGUUCUGUAGCUGGUGUCGGUGCUCCAUAUUGGAUGAUUCCUGAAACUGUCAAAGAAUCUUUAGAUGCUGCUGCUACUGAAGAACCAUCUUCGACUGCUGAUCCUGAAGAUGAAAUCUCGGCCACCGAUGAAGCAUCUUCCACUGCUGAUCUUGAAGAUGAAAUCUCGACCACUGACGAAGCAUCCUCAACAACUGAUCCAACUGAUGAAUCUUCUGAAGCUCCAACAACUGAUCCUAUUAAUGAAUCUUCCGAGGUUCCAACAACUGCACCAAUUGUCCCAACAAACUCAACUUCGUCAAACCCAGUUGAUCCAACUAGCUCCAUUAUUGAUCCCGAACAAACAGACUCGAAUUCAGAAGUCCCUAAUGAAGAAUCCAGCAGUGCUAUUUGGGGAACCAAUGCAACCUCGGUGAUCCCAACAUGGACUAAUAUAGAAACAGUUACUAAGAGUGCAAUCAUUACACUUACCACAACUGUUUGCGAAACUAAUAGAAAUGGCUCUUCUUCAACCACAACCAAGACCCUCACCUUAACCGAAUAUUCAGAAGUGUGUGACAAGGUAUCUUGUAAAGCUGAGCAUUCCCUGGAAAUCUCCAUUAUAACCUCCUGUGAAUCAGCAAUCAAGUCAAUUGAAUCGGCUAAAUCUGAGGCUGAAAAGUACCACCAAAGUGCUGUUGUCACUAGUUGUGAGAGUGCCAUCCAAUCAAUAAGCUCUGUUGAACAAGGUGCAAAGGUUACUCUUACUUCAUUAUUGGGACCCCAAGAAGGUGCCACUUCCACUUUCCAUUCAUUGGAAACUGCACAACCAAGUGAUCAUACUGUUGAAGAAUUUGCUAACGAUGCCUCCUCUAAGAGAAACUUGAGUACUGGUAUUGUUGGAUUCCUUGUUCUUAUUACUUUUGGUAUUUUCGUUUAA